CACAUAUACACGCGCACUCGCGUGUAUAUUGCGCACAGUACUCAGGCUGAAAGCUGCCAGCACGAGAAGCAGGAGUAGCGGAUCAUGUAAGGAUAUUCGUCGUAUUGACGAAACAACUUGCCAUCCCAGGAGCGGUUACACUGCCAAGGAUAUAGUAGACAGUUGGCAGGAUAGGCAGACGCAGGAAAAAUAGCGAGCGACGCAGGCGACGCAGAAGCGGAAUGACACGUCCUCCCAACAAUGACAACCUUAUGACCUUUAAGUUGGUUGUCGUUGGAGAUGGAGGGGUCGGCAAGAGCGCCCUUACUAUACAGUUCUUUCAGAAGCUGUUUGUCGCAGACUAUGAUCCAACCAUCGAAGAUAGUUACAUUCAACACACAGAGGUGGACGAGCAGUGGUGUAUCUUGGAUGUAUUGGAUACAGCCGGCCAAGAGGAAUUUAGCGCCAUGCGCGAGCAGUACAUGCGGAAGGGCGACGGAUUCCUUUUGGUAUACUCUGUGACCGACAAACAGUCGUAUCAGAAUAUCGUCAAUUUUUAUACUCAAAUCCUGCGAGUGAAGGACAGGGACGUGUAUCCUAUGCUCCUGGUCGCCAAUAAGGUCGAUCUGGUGCACCUGAGGAAAGUCACAGAGGAACAAGGGAGAGAACUGGCUCAUCGUCUGGGCAUAUCUUAUAUCGAAACCUCUGCCAAAGAUCCACCACUGAACGUGGACGCCGCGUUUCACGAGGUUGUUCGCAUUAUCCGAAACCAACCGCCAAACGAGUUCGAGAAGAAUCAAAGGAAGCGACGGCGCUCGAGGAAGUGUAACAUUUUGUAAAUUUCGCGGAGGAACGGAAGACACGUACGUGUAACUCGCGCGCGCGAGAACCAAAGAUCACGCGACGUGUUGCCGCCGAGCCAUAAUCGCGCAACGCCUCUGCUACUUCCUUGAGAGUACGUCCUUAUCGCAUCGUUGAAAAUUCGGGAGAUCCUUGAGAAUGAACGGUUCUCCUCUCCUCCGAUAUAUAUAGGUAUCUAUGACCGUUUCUUAUCUUCCGUUUCUUAUUACUGCGGUAGCAACACGACGAAUACCGCUACUGGAGUAUUUUUUCCUGUAUUCCGCGAAACGUAAUAUCUAUGGUCAGCAGACACCAUAGAAGGCGUGCCAAUGCGAAGAAGAGAAUAAAGGAGAGAACCGAGAAAGUUACGACACCUGUGUAAUCGCGAGAACGAAAUUAGAUUUAUCUCUUUAGUCUGACUCUCCGGAUUAAUUGGAUAAUCGGUAGUCGGGGAGGAAUAGAAAAAAAAAGAGAAAAGAAGGAAAAAGGAAUCGGAGACAUUGACUGUUCAUCAUCCUCUCGCGUGAUAAAUCGAGACCACGUCUCUAGCCGCGCGUACACAUCAAUUUUCUACCAUCGAAGAAAAAAAAAAUAAUAUGGAAUUGAGCGUUUUUUAUUGGACGACGCAUAAUAUAUUAAAGGAGUUUUUUACUUCUCCGCGAGAUCUUUGUCAUGAAAUGACUAUAAUGGUUUCGUAUAUCGAGAACUCACCUUAUAUAUCGAGCUCACUUUUCACGUAGCCGUUUGUAUAGCUUUAAGCGUAUUUAUUUCGUCACGUCGGUCCGGGGCUUUUCCGUUCUCUCGUAGUCGGGACGUGCCCUCGCCACACACGAUUUAUCACAUUUUCUAUGAUCGAGCACAUUAAAUGUGUGUCCUCUUGUGACUCGGACCCUCCCGUUUUUCUACGCUAGAAAUACUUAGGGGAAGCGAUAUAUAUAUAUAUAUAAUAUAAUAUAUAUUAUAUAUAUAUAUAUAUAAUAUUAUAUUAUAUUACACAUUGUUUUUGCGUAAUCGAUAGAGACGGGAUAGCAUAUUGUACGCAUUAUUUCACUUUUUACGCGACAACACAAAGUAACGGAGCUGUAUAUCGCGAGGAGACAAAGAAGAAUUCAAAGUCGAUGCGAUCGUUAGAUUAUAAAAUAUCGUUAGACACGAUAGAAAAAGAGAAAACGGAGUGAAAUUAUGAGAUAAUUUCUGAUCAUAGUCUGAUUAUAGUCGCGAUUUUUACCGACGAAUGUAUUACAUGCUAUUAGUUAAUCGUUAAUAUUUCGUCUGACGGUUUGAUGCUUUAACGUUAACGAAGGAUCUUUAAUUCCACCGAAACGAAGGUCCACUAGCUGCUGGUGCCUGAUGUACAGAUGAAUUAUAUUAAUCGUAUUCGAACCCGGGGAAGUAAAAUGAUCGAAAUAAGGCACCAUGUGCCGCCUUCGCUGUCAUUUAUUGACUUUUGCGUACACAGAGAUCUGAUCUAAGAAACGCACAUGGUAUUACGCUGAUAGACUGUCUUCGGUUUAUAACAAUGAAAGCACAAAUAAGUUUAUAACGAUAACGGUUUAUAACGAUGAAAGCACAAAUAAGUAACGCGGAUACCCGCGUAGACUGCUUCUGUUGCAUUUCUGAUGAUUCAACGUUGCCGUUGUUUUAUUGUUCGAAAAGAACUCGUUAUUUCUCGUAACGCGUUUUCGUGACCGCCAAUUUCGCAUUAGGUAAUGUAUAGCCUUUUUUUCUUCAGAUCGUUAUCGUUGUCGAUUAGGUUAGUUCGGACGCCAAAUAAUGAAUGGUAAUUUAAUCAAUAUAUACGAAUUUGCGUUUGAAGCUUCCAUAGUUGCUCACUCGGAGAAUUAACAUAAAAUUACCGGAGGCUAUUGAAUUCGAGUUAUUUAUACAUAUUAGCAUUGAAAUCGGCGGCACUUCAAAGUAUUAUAAUAUAACUUAUAUUCAGUCGUUCCCUCGAUUUGUUAUCGCUCACUGAAUAACGCGGACUGCAGCCGUUGAUUUAUAAUAAGUAUAACUUUACGAUCGUAUCGUAUGGGAAAUGAUUCGUUUUUAUUUUUGAUACCUCUAACGCCAAGUCUUAAUACGGACGAAUUUGAUGUGAUUUAAUAUAUAUAUUUGAAGUUCAACCCAAUGAAUUCGUGUGAUUUCCUUCUCUUUUCCUCAAUUCGUCGCUUUAAAAAUCGUCAAAAGAGCGCGAAUAUAUCAGACCUUUUUAUAUACCAAAAGAAGAAUAACGUCAAGGCCUACUAUUAGUGUUUAAAUGUAACGAGGAGGAUUUAAGUAGUCUGUAAUUUAAGGGAGCACACCUCUACGUGUGCGCGUCUACAUAAGGUAAACAUUCAUGUUACGUGUUGAAAACGUCUCUCUCUCUCUCUCUCGACACGGAUUAUUUCUCACGCUUUACGCAAACGUUGCGGUCUCUUUUGCACUUUUCUCGUGUCUGGUGCGCGGUACAUACUGCUGCUUUACGUGUGCGCACAUUGUAGCCCAUAUGUUGAUUGUGACGUAAUAAUAAGUAAUUCGCGCGAUCGUAUUUUUCAAGCGCGCGCGAGUCACCUUCUCGUUUUACGUUCGCGAAAUAUUCUCGCCGCCGCACGCGCAAUUUCCGCUCUUCUACAUCGGUUAUUCUACCCGGUUUGUAUUACACUUAUUCGUUACGCUUUUCUCGAGCACUUUUCGCUUAUAAGUGUGUAAUCACGCGAUUAUAGGUGUAUUCGCUGUAUUAGCACAAAUACCGCGUCGAGACAGCCUUAUCACGUGCGGUCGAGAGAAACAUGCGAAAUCGUAGAAUGUAAGAGCCGCGAUCGCGAGCCGGAUUAUCUCAUGGGCGAUGGAAACGCUGAUGCAAUUCCUUGGGAUCUGUAUUGAGAUCUAUAUUGAGAUCCGGCCUGAUUUUUCCAAAAAAUUGCAGAUUCCGGCCGGGAAGUCUACGUAAAAUCAGGUUAAUAAGUGCAAUGUUCCAAACACGCGAUUCUAAGUGGGAAAUCCAAACGAAUUCCAUUCGACCUGCCAAACAUUUUGCCAAAGAUUUUUCUGGUUUCCAGUUUUUCGCUAGAAUUCAACGAAACAUUUAUGAAACACUUUGAGUAUUUGCACUUUACAAUUAUAAAUAUUUGAAAACAAUAAAUAUUAAAAAAUGUAAAUGGUCAAAUGUUUUAUAUUUUUUAUUAUAUUUUGAAUUCUGCGGUUGGUAUGAAAAUAGAAUACAUACCUCUGUUCCAUAAAUUAAUUAAUGUCGUAUUUUCGUAAAAAAUAUUCCGAUUUCACUUAUCGAUUAAUGCGAUUUUACUUAUUAAUUAAUAAAUUAAUAUCGUAAUUUCACAAACUAUAUAUUUCGUUUAUUAAAAAAAAAAAAGAGUUUCCAUGCUAUUUUUAUUUUCGAUAGAUCGUAGACAGAGAACCCGUGUUUAGGAUAAAGAGAGAACGAGAUUUCCGAUUGAUGUCACAGUGGGAUAACCUCGCCAUUUUGGGACAAAUUUUCCAGAAACAGCAUAGAUUCCGGUCGGAGAAUCUAUAUUGUUUCUGGGAUACGCGGGCGCGAACGAGAUACGUACAGCUCCUCUCUCUCGGCUUUUUCGCUUUGCAUCGCGCCGCGUAAAGACGCGUUUUUUCUCCGUCGCAAUUUUUCGCCUCACGUUUCAUCGCGUAUUAAUAUCGGCUGAAAUUUUGCCGCGACCUUUAUCGCGAGAUUUUCAUCGUGAUCAUCCGUUAGACACAUUCGGGAAGGUGACGGUCAACGGAGGCUGAAUUUGACAAAUAAUUCGCUUGUUUCCAUAAUUACGUUAAUAGCUAUUACUCAAUGAUGAAUAUAUAAGCACUGACCCAUAAUGCCUUGCGUAACGUACGGCGAUAAAAGUUAAUGCAUUCAUGUUAAAUGCAUAAAGGGAACGUUAUUAUACGCGGAGCUAAUACCUCGUGUAAAAUUCAGUCGACCGGUCGAAACGCGAAAGUCCAAAUGCACGCUCAAUGUGCGCGCUGCUGUCUUUCUCUGCGUUGCACUCGGGAGAGAAAAAAAAUAUAUAUGUAUAUGAAGAUAAUAAUAAAUAUAAGGGUAUAUGUGUGUAAUAUACAUAAAGUGUGAACGCGCGACAUUCUAAUAUCGAGAGAGAUAAACUCUACUUGCCUUGAAUACAAAAUAAUAACUAUAUUAAAUUAAAACACACACACACGCGUGAAUCAAUGAGGGAGACACCACUACUGAGAUACAUAAUUGGUAAAUAUUAUUUUGUUCUUCCCAUUAGCGCAAAAUAAAUCGGAGGAAAUUACACGUUUUAAUGCUCUCUCGGAUAAACACGAUAAAUACAUUAGUCUACGUUAACCAGAGACGUUAAGUUGCGUUAAUUAAUCCUUCGCGAAUUUUCGCGUGCCGCGACAUUGUUUAUUACAUACCCGUGAUCGCUCUUUGUAAGAAAAAAAGAGAAAGAAAAAGAUGAAUAAGAGAAAUAAAGGAAACUACGACAAUAGCUCUCUCGAACGUCUUUCCUCGUUCGGUUUCAAUCAGUCACUGGUUCUUUACAUCAUCGGAAGCAUCUUACCGCAUCUAACGCCGCUCAUCUCUCUUCAUAAAGCUAAAGUAAAAAAAAAAAAAA